GGAUAGUUGUCAACUCGUGGUGUGAGUUUUUGGUUAUGUGAAAAAAUAUAAAAAACAAUUGAAAUAAUAAUAAAAGGAUAAAGGAUUUAUCAAAUUAAUUAUGGGAGUAAAGAAUAAACUAAAAGAAAUAUUUGAAGUAGAAAGUACCCAUGGGGCGUUUUACACAGGAGGCAAUGUUAUAUUAUCUAAGAAUGGCCUAGAAUUAUUAUGUCAAAAAGAAUUUACUGUUGAAAUAUUAAAUUUAUCACAAGGAAAUGUUGUUAAUAGCAUUGGUAAUGUAGAAGAUGAAGAUUCUAUAAAUACAUUCACAUAUAGUGUAUUUGAUGAAUCUGUAAUAACUUCUCACAAAAGCGGUUUAUUCAAAAAAUGGACGAAGGAUGGCAUUUUAUUAAAAUCUUGGAAAUCUAUUCAUAAAGGUCCUGUAAGUAAACUUUGUAUAAAUGAUGAUGGUAAUAUUUUGGCUAGUGGUGGCUCAGAUUCUAGUGUAAGACUGUGGGACUUAAAACAUCAAACAUGCACACAUAACCUUAGGGGCCUACAAGGUGUUGUCAGCGUUUUAGCUUUCCAUCCCAACUCUGAGAAAAAUUUGAUAUAUGCAGCUGCAGACAAUACCAAGAUCUUAGCAUGGGAUUUAACAAGUGGCGAUGAAAUGAUGCACUUUGCUGGCCAUUUCAGCAAAGUAACAUCAAUAAACUUCACAGCCGAUCAUAAAUAUAUAGUUAGUACAGGAAGAGACAAAGUCAUAAUUGUUUGGGACGCAAAUACUGGUAAAUUGAUUAGAACUGUUCCGGUUUUUGAGAGUAUUGAAUGUUCAGUUGUGUUAAGUAAUGAUGUCAAAAUUCCUGGCUACCAAAAAUGGAAAAAUGAUGAAAUUUUGGUUCUUAUUGCUGGAGAGAAAGGCGUGGUGAGGAUAUGGGAUGCUUCAAAACCUAAGGAAUUAUAUAUUCAAGAAAAUAGUUUAGUAACGCCAGCAUCUGAAGAAGGAGGAUUAAGCAUAACCCAAGUGUUCUUUAAUGAAAACACUAAACAUAUUGGCAUAGUUACUGUUGAUCAUAACAUCUUGAUUCACAAAUUAUCAACAUUUAAAUGUACAAAACAAAUAAUUGGUUUUUCUGAUGAGGUUUUAGAUAUAGUUUUUAUAGGUUCUGAAGAUUCACAUGUCGCAGUAGCAACAAACAGUGUUGAUAUCAAAUUGUAUGAAAUAUCAACCAUGAGUUGUAAUUUAUUGAAGGGUCACACAGAUUUAGUAUUAUCUUUAGCAAAAUCACCUUCAAAUUCAAAUAUCUUAUUAUCAUCCUCAAAGGAUAAUACAAUUCGAGUUUGGUCAAUUAAUACUGAAGAAAGCAUUUAUAAAUGUUUUGCAAUAGGUUCAAGGCAUACAGCAUCAGUCGGUUCUUUAGCAAUAACUAAUUUGAGCACAGACUUCUGUGUUUCUGUAAGUGAAGAUUCUUGUUUGAAGUUUUGGAAACUGGAUACAAAUAAUAUUGGGGAUGAGAUACAACAGUUGCAUUGUAGUUAUACAGAAUUAGCACAUCAAAAAGAUAUAAAUUGUGUUACUGUAUCACCAAAUGAUAAAAUGAUUGCUACUGCAUCUCAAGAUAAAACAGCUAAAUUGUGGUCCUCUGAUGGUUUAGCAUUGCUUGGUGUUUUCCGAGGUCACAAACGAGGUAUUUGGUCUGCUCGAUUUUCACCAGUAGAUCAAGUUUUACUUACUACUUCUGCUGAUUGUACAAUUAAAAUUUGGUCUUUGUCUGAAUUGAAUUGUCUUAGAACAUUAGAAGGCCAUGAUAGUUCUGUUUUAAGAGGUGAGUUUUUAUCAAAAGGAAUGCAGAUAAUAACGACAGGAGCUGAUGGUUUGAUUAAACUUUGGAGCUUGAAAACAGCUGAAUGUAACCAUACAAUGGAAAAACAUGAUGGCAGAGUUUGGGCUAUUGCUGUUUCAAAAGAUGAAAAUACUCUGAUAAGUGGAGGCUCAGAUUCAUUACUUGUUAAGUGGAAAGAUGUAACUGUUGAAAAGAAGGAGCGAGAAGCAAAACUACUACAAGAAAAAGCUUUACAAGAACAAACAUUGUCAAAUCUAUUACAUGACAAACAGUUAUUAAAAGCAUUAAAAUUAGCUAUAAGAUUAGACAGGCCUUUAGGUGUUUUGAAGAUCAUUAAUUUGAUAAUUAAAAGUGAAGAUAAAAAUGAAUUAGCUACUACACUAAAACAGCUAAAGAAUCUUCAAAAAGAAAAAUUAUUUAAAUAUGCUUCAUUGUGGAAUACAAAUAGUAAAAAUUGUCAUGUUGCGCAAUUAGUAAUAAAUAUUUUAUUAGAUGAUAUACAAAGCGGAGAAUUCAAACCUGCAGGUCUUGCAUCAUUGCUCGAAGGUACAAUACCUUAUACGGAGAGACAUUUUCAUAGAUUGACACAGUUAUUGCAAGAUUUACACUUUGUUAAAUAUACUAUUAAUUGCAUGCAACCACAUGCAAAGGAAGUAAAGAUGGAUUGAAAAGAAAUAAAUAAUA